AGGCUCUUAUUGAUCCAGCUGUGGGGAGAGGCCGCUCCCUCCAAUCAGACUUCGCUUUCAUCCCAUCGCACCAUAGUGUUCUCGCGCGCUUUUUUUUUAUCAAGGCGCAUCCUUGUUUUCAUCGCUUCCCAGCGCCAUCAUCCACCCACCCGCCUAUCUUUCCAUCCAGCAGCAUCAGCAGCUCGGGCAGAUGAGGAGGAGGAGGAGGAGGAAGGUAUAGCGCCCACUGCUGAAAAAUGAACUGCGCACUUUUAUUUCCUCGCAGGCUUUCCGAUCGACCGCCUCUGAUCGACCAUCUUCCAUCUGAUGGUGGACGCUGCUGCGGGGAGGAGCGGGUUUCUGUGCGCCGUCCUCCCCCUGCCUCUCCAGCCUCCUCCAUCCUUUAAUUAAAACGGCGUCACAUGCAGCCGAGGAGCGCCUCAACGCUGCGGAGGGAAUAAUGUGUUGUGAUGAGGGUUUGGAUCAGUUCUGGAGGGCAGCAUGCCUCGGCUGGAGGACGUUUGUUUUUUUUUUUUUUUUUUUUUUACAACAUUUAUCCUAAAUCUGUCUCGUUAACAUCAGUUUAAAGAGUCUGCAGCCAUGGGUGAGCAGAGGAGCCUGUCUCAGCAGGUCCAGAGUGUGGAGAGGAGCGUGGUGUUCCUCAGACAGGAGCACCUCUCAAUGCUCCACGGCCUCCACAUGGAAAUCCUGUCCCUGCAGAAACGCUGCUCAGAACUGACGAACGAGGUGAAGGUAAAACCUCCAGGCAGGACUCAGAUCGAGUUACAGGAGGAAGAGGAGAUCCUGGAGGCUCGCUGUCGUGAGUUGGAAAGCCGUCUGUCAGARCAGGAGAGCACUUUAGGAGAGCUGCGUAAGGAGCUGGGCCACAAAGGGGCCCUGGUGGGGGCCCUCAGAGGCAACCUCAAGGAGAAGGAGCGACAUUUCCUGGAGGAGCUGAAACGCCGYAGCCACUGCUCCACCGUCCUGAACACGGAGCUGCAGAAACAAACCGAGGCAGCGGCGUACCUCUCCUUCCAGCUGCAUGCCGCCAGGCAGAAGCUGCACCAGCAGCGUCUGCAGCAGAGGCAGGGGCUCUUCAGGGCCAAUAGCCAGGGGGUCCAGUGCUGCGUCGAGCAGAACCCCCCGCCGUCGGGAGCCUCCCCUUCCUCUCCCGUGGUCAAACCCAAGCGUAAAGGCACCAGGKCCUCCUCGAGGGCGGAGCGUGCCCGAGAGUGUGUGCCCAUCGAGAAGGUGACGGGCCCCGCGGAGCCCACGGCCAUGCCAGACCCCGCGCUCUUCCUCCAUCCUCGCAGGCUCCGAGCCCGAUCCAGGCCCACUGGGGCUCAGAGACAGCCUCCUCUGGGUCCAGACAGGGAGGAAGAGGAGGCAGGAGGGGGGCCGGUGGAGGCUGAAGCAGCCAGACUGUCUUCAGCUUCUGCAGCAGCACCCCCUGCUGCUCAGACGAACGCAGAUUAGUGACGACCGUGGCUGUGGUGUCAGACUGUUAACGCUGCUGUUCUGCUCCUGGACUGAUUUUAGCUUCACCGUAGAUACUAUUUUAUUAUGUACUUUGAUAUAACCUCCAAUAAUAUAAAGCAAACAUCAGUACGUUGGUACAUCACUUUGAUGAUUAAGAAGAUAGUUCAGAACUUUUGACAAAAGGAUUCUGCAGAAUUAUGAACAAAAAUAUCUUACCUGGUUCAGAUACUCUAGCUUGGCCACCAGUUUUUAAAUAAAUAACAAUAAAAGUUAGUGCUCUUAUUAUUUUACACCGUUCUUUGACCAUGACUGAUAGCGAAGAUUUUAUAGAGUGCAUAAAUACAUGGUGGUGAGAACUAUUUAUUGAAAUAUGUGAUACUUCUUAAAAUUGUCUCAAAGAUUGCAGAGACUGAACUGGAUUGCUAUUUUCCUGGGAGGCUUAGCAAGGAGGUCUUUUGCACAAAAUAUGUGGUUUUCAGACGGUCCGCUUCAAUUUUCACAUAUGUACUUAACCGGUGUGAGGACGCCAUAAAAAUGUUUCACCCUUUAGAAAAGGACUAAAAAGACCAUUCCGGACCACCAGCAUCCAUGUUUACAGUAUCGCCAAUAAACAACAUGAAUAGUUUAAAUCACCACCUAUUUAUCUACUUUGUACAGGUUGUCAAAUAAUGUCAAAUAAUUUAAUUUAAAAACUACAGAGAAUUUCACAAUUCAUGUAUUUUGAUCAAAAUGAUGAGCUGGGAGCAGAGGCAAAAAUAGAUGGCUGCUGUUUUGAAAGAACUCCAGUUACAAAUAUGUCAGAGCAUUUUAAGAUAAACACUUGGAAAAAAAAUAACAACUUUACAUCAAUCAAUAUCAGUCAAUAAAUAACCUUUAUUUAACCAGAUAGAAAACCCACUGAGAUCAGGAACUCUUUUACAAGGGUGACCUGGUCAAGACGUCCGCACGACACAUCACAGAGUGUAUCAGAGUUUAAAAGUUUACAUUGGCAUUUAUUUUACAUUACAUGAAAUUUUGUCAACGUUUUCAAGCACAAAUAGUGGCAACAAUGCUCUCUGGUCUUCACUUAGACUAGCCUUUAGCUCAUCAUUCUGGAGCAGGUGUCAUUCAGAGMGCUAUCUACAACAGGUAAGAUAUUAACUGUUCAUAACCUUGUCAAAGAGCCCAAAGUCAAAAGAGCUAAACUACCCUUUCAGAAGAUUUGUUUACACUGCUGUUAUAUGCUCCAUUUGCAGCAGAGCCUUUAGUCCCUUUAUGAUUUAGUUUGACCGUGAACGCAGACAUUUAAACUGGCCUUUGAGCCCUUGUGUGCGACCCAACCAACUGUGAUCCUUCAAGACCGAGCAUAAAUCAGCCCAUCUGUCCCCACGUCCUCCAACUGAGUCACAGCUGAAAAUACCAGAGGAAGGGAAGGUUAUUGAUCAGAAAAAGUAGCUUACAGUUAUUUUUAGGCUUUUUUUAAACAUUUGCACAGUGAAAAAGGCAACAUUUCAGCCAUAGAAAAACUUUGCAACMUUUUUAAGCAUUAUUUAUCAGAUAAAUCUUCACGCUCGGAUGUUUCAGCUUCAUUUCCAAACAAUCUGGGAUGUUAAAUGUAAAUACUGACAAAAUGCAAUAAUUCAUACAUUGUUUAAACACAAACAUUARGAGACAAACUGUUUUAAAGUAAUUCUCACUUUGAAUUUGAUGUCAUCAACACAUGCACUGUAACUUUAUAGACAAAAACUAAUUAUGUUUCUUACGUAGAGAUUAUCGCUUUUUUUGUUGUACUUUGAGCUAUAGGUUAAUGUGAAUUUUGACUCACCCUGUAUUUCUGCUAGAGAAAAUGCAGCUGUUAGGAUUUGUUGCUUUUUAUCCUAUUUUUUUUGCAGAGAGCUUUGAUUUACAGAAAACAAAUAUUUGUUUUCUCGAUUAAGACUUAUAUGCAUUUUCCAAUCCUUUUUGAUUAAAAAAAUAGAGUUUAAAUAAUUUCAGCAUCAUUAAAUUCCCCUUGUUCAUUUCACAAAGGGACUGUGAAAUGAUGGAUGAUAAAUAAUCUGCAGUAUAAAUGACACAACAUCACAAUUUUACCACCUUUUGUUGUAUUAAAAUAAUUUUAAUCUACAUGUCAGGUUAGAAUUGCAGAAGUUUGUCUCAUUGAUUUUGUCAAACAGCAAUCUGUUAGAAAAAACUUUUUCCAAAGGGACAUAAAUGCCUUAAUACAGGUCACUUAUAUAUGCAGACAAAAAAAAAAAAAAAAAACAUUUACAGGAGAUCUUGCUCAUGAUGAAAAAAGUUCCUUUCACAAGAGCUUAGGUUGUCAAAUCUUGCUUCAGAAAUUAACAGUAGCUCUAAAUUUACACCACAGUGCCUGUUUUAGGUGAAAUAACAUUCUUCCUUUGUUGUUUUAGCUUUAAAGGACAAGGCCGCACUCAGAUGAUAAUCAGCUCUGACUCGUUGGACCCAGUGUUUUUUCUCAGGUGUGGUUUUUGUAUCGAACACACAUACACACGCARUGACAAUUUCUCAUUGUGUGUGGGUUUCUUUUUACCUCAGGAGAAYAAGUAGGGGGGGUUAUCAGGAGCUUGUUAAGGUUUUACAGUUUCCUGUAGCUGUGUGUACACUGUAUGUACUCUUUUCUGUCAUUUGUUACCAACAUCCUGCAGCAGGUGCCCCCUAGUGUUACUAAAGAUCUAGUUCCGUCUGUUUAAUGUUGGACAGACGUCUGAUGCUAUAGCUUGCAUAUAUCACCUAAAGUAUUCCUCUGUGAUUGCUGCCUUAUUAUAGACGACCUUCAUUAAAGAAGAUAGACUGUGUGGAGGUAAUGCAUUUCUUUGUCAAGUCAUUUUAUAAAAAGGACUCAUUGUGUGGGGUGUGUUAGGACCAACUUCAAAUGUGAGGAUUUGCUCUUUUUCUGCAAUCAGCCAAUCAGAUGUUUCGUUCUGUCUUUCACAAUAAUACAGCAAUAUAUUUGUUUCCAGCCAUGGGAGAAAAGAAAAGUCUUUCAAUCCUGGGGUUUGACUCUUGGCCCACUCAUCUUUAAGAAGGUUGCUUCAGUUUAUUGAGCUUUGCAGAUAUUUGUUUCUGCAAAGCUCUCUGUUGAGGUUAACUGAACCGUUGUUGUUGUUGCACAUUUACUGAUUUAUUUGGGCUUGCUGUCCUGUUUGAUGAGUGAAUGUGGUUCGAGCUUCAGCUGUCAAACCGAUGGCGUUAUUUGACUCUGAAAUCCUUUGGUCUUCAGGGGAGUUUAUGGUCGACACUAUGACCACAAGGUGUCCAAAUCAUCACCCCUCCACCGCCGUGCUUGAUAUUAUGAGGUGUGGCACGGUGCUGGGCGCUUCUCUUACAAAAUUUAUGUUGAAUAACAAAUGACAUGGUGGAAUCUGCUGUGUGUUUUAUUCUCAUCAGGUUAGUUGUAAAUCAUUUUAGCACUCGGUAAAGACUCGAUCGUUUUUCAUAUCUCCUGAUGCGUAACACCCCAGAACUGAAAGGGAGUUGACUUUCUCUUUUUUUACCAUAACGGUCCAUUAUUAAUAGUUUUUAGCAGUUUGAGGAUGCCUCAAGUGUUAAAACAGAUUGAUUUGUUUUAAUAUUCUGUCAUCCUUGAACAUGUUAGAUUUUGCUUCAUAUUGAUACAAGAGUUUAAUGGACUGUUAAAUGCUGCUCUUGUGUCUUAACGAAAUAACAAAGUUAUUUGUUUUACCUCCAGGGGAAAAACUUAGCUCCGCAUGUAUUUUUUUCCAUGUUCAUUUUAUUUUGUGUUUUGUAAAAAUWCAAACGUGACAAGGGUUUUCAGUCAUCUUAUUGUUGGUUACUUGUUAGCAUUAGUUUCUAUAUUUCUGCUCAACUUUGACAAGACAUCACACAGUAAAAGAUGAAGCUGUUGUGCUCAAACCAGAAACUUUACAGCGUUAGAUUGAUGGAGUCCUCAGUAUAUCACUCAACCUGAACUCCAAACCAAUCAGGAGGCUGAAGAAAACUAGGUUAAUGUAGCUCUUAGGAGACUUCCCACAGAUCUUAAAGUAAAGAUGAAGUAAGGAGACGUCUUAUUAGAGAUGUAAUUCUUAUUAAUAUUCAAGCUACCCUGAAUCUUCACAGCCUGCUUUGAUUUGAUAUGUAUCACACAGAUAGCAAACAGAACAUUCUUUUAUUUCGCGGUCUGUAAACCUUUAGUCCUGACAGAAGUCAGCAGCAGCGACAUUUACUUUUGUCUAGGUCUGAUUGUUAUUGUCAUCUGUAUGUUUUUCUCCACCAAGCAUCUUGUUUGUCAUGCUAUGUGGUUWCUAGCAAUAAUGCUGUGGUACUCAAUGUAAAUGAAGAGUUUGGUUUGGGGGAGCAUGAAGCACUGAUUGCUGCACAGACACGAUGCUGUAUGCAAAAAUGAAAUAAAGAGGAGGACUGCUGAGUGUGA